AUGAAAUAUUUUGGUGGCAAAGCUCCUCAUAGACUUACACUAUAUGUAGAAGUUUUACCUUCCUAUGUAAAUAAAGUUAACAAAGCCACUGUUUGUAAAGCUUGCAUAGAGAAAUUAGGAAGAGAAAUAGCAAUUGAAAGGUCUACUUUUACUAAUACAAAGGCUUGUACUAAAGUACAUUUAAGAAAAUAUCAAAAUUUUUUUAAAAAAUAUACUGAAGAAGAAAGAAAUGAAAUUCUCUAUGAGUCAAAUAGUGAAAGUCAAGAAAUAAAUACGGUUGUAUCUGCAAAUUCAGCUAUAAGUUUAUCUACAAAUUCAAGUUUAAUAGAUAACUAUCUUCUUCGAAAUUUAAAUCCAGCUGAGUAUAUAAUUUUUGAACGACACCUUUUAAAAUCUACAAUUAGUAAUGGAUGGGCAUUUAGAUGGACUGAGAAUCCUGAGAUUGUCGCACUUUUUAACUUUCUAAAUCUAAGUAUAACAUUACCUGGACAUCGUGCACUUAGUGGACAUAUACUUUCAUCAUAUAGUGAAGAAUUGCAACGCCAACAUAUUGUAGAAGCUAAAAAAAAUGAAACUGAAAGUGUCUUAAUUACUAGCAAAGGAAAAGUUUUAGUCUGGGGUGCAGAAGAUAUUUUAGUAAAAGGUGGCAAAACGAAUGAUGCUCUUUAUUUACAAUAUCAAGAUUUACCAGAAAAUAUUGCAAAAUUUUUAGAUGACAAUAAUUGGUGGCAAACAAUAGAAGAGCUUGAAUCACAUUUGCUCCCCUUUAUGGCAACAUUAAAUCAUCUUCAACAGGAUGCUGCAAGAUUACCAGAUCUUGAUAAAGUUUUUUCAAUGACACAAAUGCGUGCUGAAAUUAAUUAUAAACGCACAGUUGAAGCAGCAAAAUCUCUGGAGCAAGGCAUAUCAGCAAACAUAAAUACUAUAUUUAGUUCUGAUAAUCAUGAACACAUACAAACAAAUCAUAAACAAGAAAGUUCUAGUAUUAUAGAAUUAGAAACUAAUGCUAAUAACGAAAAUAUCAAAAUGAUUAUUGAAGACAAUUUAGAAUCAAGUGCAAAUGAAGAUAUUAAAGAAGGUGUAAAAGAACUAGAAAGUUUGUUUGAAACGGAAGAAACAGAGGAAACAGCGAAUUUAUCUUCAAAUGAAUUAUUGGUAGACUUGAAACAUCCUGCAGAAGACCCACUGGAAAAUGGAAACUUGUCAAUUUAUUUGAUUUCGAGUUUUCAACACCCUCAUCUAUAA